AUGAGUAAAGGCUUUCAUUCAGAGGCGUUGAUAAGCGAAUUUGUGAAAGAAGGCGAUGUGGAAGAGGACAUGCGAGAUGAGAUUCGUGAAAUCCUUAAUCGAAAACAUGUGCAUCAGUACGAGCAGGCUAAAAAGAAUGGCCCGAAUGGUGACAAGAGCGGUUUCUUGAGCACGGUUCGUUCGAUAUCAGACAUCGGCAAG